CUAUGCCUUUGUUGGAUUAUGCGUUACAAAAAUAAGCGUAAUAAACGUUGAAAUUUAAUAACUUUAGAUAAAGACUCUAUACAAGUACCAUUGUAAAUCUAUUGGAAAGAUGUCUAGUAGUUUAAAGUGGCGAAACGUUAUCAUUUUGUGAAGAAUGACGUUGUUUGUUCAACUCUUCAUUUAUGAAAAUAUUUUAUUUGUAUUGAAGAGUGGGCGAUCAUACAUGUAUGAUCGCUACAUUUGGAGGAUAUAAGAAGGAAUUAGUCGUGAAAAUUGUUACGUUUCAAGCACAAAAACAGUGGAUUGAAGUGUAAGAAAUACUAGUACAAAAGAAAUGUGCUGGGGACGAGGAUGUACACUUCAGACGGGAUCAUGCCAACAUUCGCGCGAUAAUCGAUAUGAAUGAUUUGCCUUUCACUACAAAUGAUACAUUCAUAUUAAAUUGACUGUGCUGUUGUUAAAUAUUCUUGUGCUUUUAUGGAACUUGAUAUAGAUCUAAAAAAUUCCAAAGAGAGACGUGCGGGAUCUUAAUAUGCGUGAAAGUGAAGGUUGUUAACAUAAGCAGCAAACGGAAAAUUCACAGCGCAGUUUAAAAAUGAAAAUCGACGCAAAAAUAGCGUGGUUGGAUAAUGGAUAUAAGACAAAACUGUUUGAAGAUGAGUCACUGAAGCAGGCGUCUAUAAAACCGUCCAACAAAGACAACUUUCUUCUGACCCCACAAGAUGAUCCUAAGACGUUUGUGGAGUUCCUGGUGGGUGGUCAGUCAGAUGAAAUUCAGCAACGCCCAAAACUCGCUCAAAGACGGAUAAAAAGCGCUUCCGCCAUCCGUCUGAAGGAUCGUCCUUGGGUGCACCCAACGCCCCCUAAAUAUCCAGCAGGGUUCGUACAAAGGAGCCGCCCAGGAUCGGCGCGACCCGCUUCCGGUCGCCCAUCGUCGGCUGCACCAUCGUCUGUCUGGUCCAUCAGAGCGAACGCACAGAGACGUAUUAAAAGCGCCGGAUCUGUUCGCAGCUCCGGUACUCAGGCAGAAAAUCAUUCAAGGGAAGUGCUUGAUGAGAUUCGUAAAGGAUUUACUCUAGUCAAUAAACUAUACGAAAACAGCUACAGGACUAGUAUGAUAAGCCUACAUCCGGCGGGACCGGCCCCGGAUUAUCGGUACUUUGAUCGGCACUCGAGGUGCUAUGAUCAUAACCACGCACAUAAACAGCUAUCUAGGUACAUGCCGCAGACGGCUUGUGCAAAGUUUCUGGAAUGUUGCGGGUCGCGCGCCGUGUCGCCGGCACGUCUGAACGAUCCGAACACUCAACCUCAGCGGUACAUUGAUUAUCACAGGCCGCAUACAGCGCCGACUACGAGGGGCGAGCUGCAAUAUGUUCCAAGAGCUAGCACUUACAAAGGCCACACUCCACAUUUCUGCAACUUUGUGCACCAGAUGCAAUUGCACAGCAAGGCGCUAAAUGGAACAGACUCAACAGGCAUUCCGUACUCAGAACUUGGGGAUGAUCUUACAUUUGUGGGCGAGUCUACAGAAGGCAAACUGGUCAACAAAUAUCGGAAAAACAGCAACGCUAGCUCUGAUGGAAGUAUUAAUCGGGGACUUACUAAGUCUCCAAAACUCGAGGAUUAUGAGCAUGACUCAAUCCCCGAGACGAAGGAGGAUCAUGUGGUCAGUGGAACUGAAGGUCGUCCGGGUUCACCAAGUUCACUGGAUGGAGAGAGUCGUCAUGGUGAUGAUGAUUCUCAGCAACAACAACCUGUCACAGGAAUUGGAAAGAGGAAAGUUCAAUUUGGAUCCAGAUAUUUUCAGGGGAUGAUUGGUGAUUCCAAAAGUAUCUCAGAGGAAGGAGACGAGGACAACAAAUCUGGGAGAGAUUUGGAUUAUAACACCUGGGACAAUGGGCAGGUGAUCAAGGGUGCAAGCAGUCAAGGUCACACUGACCUGGACACGACCCUGCGACCCCCAAGCCCUCGUGACCCACCCCCAAGCCCGGAGCUCUCCAAAAAGAAGGAACCCAAGGAGAUACCCUUGCCAACAACUGCCCCAAAGACCAAGGAUUGUAAGAAAAAGACCAAAAAGCCGGUUGAGCGUGUACGAACCAUGAAGGCGACAGACGAGCCUCCUGUGGAAGUUCAGCCCACUGCGACCGAAGAGACUCGGCCCCCUGAGGUCGUACUUACAGUCAGUGACAACGUUGACAGCAAGCGCGAUAUUCAAGUGCCAGAUCUGCCUGACUUGGAAACCAAGGAGACGAAUCGUAAAGAGAAGGGAAAACCUAAACGACAUCUCAUAGAGACCGAAGAUGACUUGCUUAAGCCGGACCUUAACGACAUUUUGAACGAACAGCUGAGGUUGAGCAGGCCUGAAUUUGAUUGGUCUAACAUGGAAACUACAAACGGUGGAGAAGAAGUAAAGCGGCACCCUCAGAUCAAGUCCUGGAUACAGGGCCGCCUGGCUCUCUCACAGCAAUCUAGUCGCUUUGAGCUCCCCAUGGACAUGAAAAGGCUUGAAACCAUGACACCUCAAGAAUACAUCAGGAAACACUGUAUCAUAACCUCACGGAGGCAGAACCUAUACCAAAAAAUAUUCAUGAAGAACAAGGACAAGUCUGCUACAAUACUCUAUAAGGAUCUUGACCGCUCCCUGAAGGACGUACUGGUGAACACGAUCACCUCAGAGCAGGUUCAGGAUGUUCUCAAGUCACUUGAGAUUGAUGAGCAGACCAGAGUGGACCAGAAACUCUUCUACGGAGUUGCUGCAUAUGCUGAACGAGUCCUGUAUCCAAAAUUUGUGACUGAAGAUACACAUGACAUGCCAGAGUACCAAAGAGAGAAGAUUGAAUGUGCAGAUUUCUGUGCAUUAAACUGGAAAAUACAUGGAGUUAAUGUGCCCAAAAACAUGCUGAAUGUUCUGAAGCAGAUCACAUAAUAGCAACAGUCUUUUUCGAUAAAAUGUAUAUUUAAACACGGACUGCCUGAUUAAUGUAAGACCGUCUGUGACUUAACGCAAUAUUAAGCACAGUUAGAAUUAUAGAAACAUUGUCUCAGUCAGUGUGACAGACUUUUUUUUUCAAAAACGCAAUAAAAUGACAGUUAGCAACUUGUGUCAGAAGUGUUAUGAUGUGACGCAAUAUUAAGGGAGCUUGAUUAGAUAUGGAGAAGGCACUAAACAAGGAAGGACGUGCAGGUGAUGUGGGUAUUCCUUGUAGUAACAGUGUUUUUAUCCUUUAUCUUAAUUUUAUUUUAUUUUUAGAUCAAUAUGCCGUAGUUAAUGUUGUUUGAUUUUAAAAACUGUAAAAAUCAUGUUAUAAAUAUUCCUUUGUACAAGAAACCAUGCCAUGCAAAGCCAAAUAUAUAUAGUUUUACAUUACAUACAUAAGAUUCAAUUUGUUUAAGGGACUUGUUCCAAACAAAACUGAAAUAUUGGAAAAGUUAAAAAUCAUUAAUUCAGGAAAGAAAAGCUUGCCGGGAGAAUCAAACCUGGGAGCUCUAGAAACAAAAGCUUACUGUUACCACUAGGCCUUGCACGCUUUUGAAUCAAUUACAUGAAUAAAGCCAUAUGUUGGUAAUACACGUUUUUGUUAAAUCAUAGAUGAAAACUGUUAUCAAUGCCUUUUUGUUUUACUAUUUGGAUUGUUGAUUUAUAAUGUUCAGACAUAUAUUGCUAACAUUUUUUGUUAGUUAGGAGUUUUAUUUUGCUCGUUAAAUAUAAUGCAUACAUUCUUUUUUUAAAUCUAGAUUUAUGUCAAUUUGUGUUGUGUUGAUUUUUGUUUAUUUUCUUUAUUUGAAACAUUUUGUUUUAUUUGUCCAUACUUUCAAAAACAGAAAAGGGAUGGAAUUAAUAGAAUAUUAUGUUAGUGCUGAUAAACAAAACUGUACAUGUGUAGAACAGCAUUUCAAACAGUGGCCAAGGCAUGCAGCUGAAGGGUUUUCAAUUAUGAUACCGGUAUAUAUAUUUAAUGUACAACUAAGUAUUUUUGUAUAGCCCACCAACACAAAAUUGUUUUUGUUCACUAUAGUAUCAUUUGCAUGAGCAAAUCUCUGAGAAAACCAGGCUUGAUGACAAACUGUUCAUGUGAAAUGGGGUGGUUGUCUUUUUUUUAGCUCGGCUGUUUUGGGAGAAAACCCGAGAUUUUGUCAUAGCCAGCUCGUCGUCCUCCGUCCGCCGUAGCGUCGUGCUAAAACCUUAACAUUGGCUCUAAAAUCAAAGUGCUUCCACCUACAACUUUGAAACUUGAUAUGUAGAUGCACCUUGAUGAGCUCUACACGCCACACCCAAUUUUGGGUCACUAGGUCAAAGGUCAAGGUCACUGUGACCUCUAAAAAAAAAAAAUAUUCUGACAAGCUUUUGCAGCCGAGCGUUGGCACCCGUUAUGCGGUGCUCUUGUUUAGUUUUGAUGCAACCCAUUUUUAUAUGGUUUAGAUACGCCUUUCAAAAUGGAGAAAGAAUACCAUAAAUAGGAACUUUAUGAUAAUUUUAAAGUUAACAUUUUUAAAGCAACUUACCAUUAAUGCCAAAAAACUAUUAAAGCUGUUAAAAUUAUUUGAAAAAUCUGCAAUUACAAAAUAAGUCCUGUAAUAUAGAAAUAAUUUCAGUCUUUAAAAUUAUCACCAAAUGUAUUAUAUUGGACAUUAUUUAUUUAAAAACUAUAACGGUGAAAAUGUUUAACCAAGAGCUAACUGAUGUUUUGAUUUAAAUGUAUUUAUAAUGACUAAAGUAGUCUUUGUGACAUGAUUUUUGUUCUAUCUUCAAAUUUAUCACAUGUGAAUUAUGAUAAAGAAUACCAUGUGUUUCUUUUCUGUGAUAUUUAUUUUAUGCUGUUGUUUUGAAUCCAUGCAAACUUGUGUUAGUUUAUUUAUGAUAUGCCUGUUUACAUUGUUUUCUUACAUAACAUUAAACAAUAAAUGUGAAUACCAUUAA